GAUCUCAAACAAAAACUGACAGAGGGUGAAGACCUCGUCAAGGACUUAAAGGAGGUUAGUGACUGGAGCUUGCUGACGCCUAUUUACACUCACCGACUUGCUGAAUUGGAAAAGUCUAUUCAAAGACUGCUAGAGAUACUGAAGGUGCAGGGAAUAAGGGAUGUCAAGGGGAUUUCCCUUUUGGCAAAGGAACACACCAAACAACUUGAGGCCUGCAAAACGGACGUCGAGGGUACCUUGGUUCUGGCGAAGGAUCACACUGAAAAACUUGAUGAUUGCAAAAGCGAUGUCAAGGAGACCUUGGAUUUGGCAAAGGAUCACAAGGAUCAACUUAACAACUGCAAAAGCGAAGUCAAGGAGACCUUGGAUGAGACAAGGAAACACACUUCUUUACUUGAUGAUUGCAAAAGCGAUGUCAAAGACAUCUGGACUUUGACCACUAGAACCAUGGAUAAACUUGUUGAAUGCGAAAACAAUGCCAAGAAGAUCACAGUUUGGGUAAGCAAAAGCGCUGACCAAAUUACUGAAUCGGCAACGGAUGUGAAGGAGACCUUGUGUUUGACAAGGAAGAUGGACACAGCGUUGGAACGAAUGGAACGGUUUGGUGUCGGUGUGGCACAAGGUGACAGAGUGGCGCGGUUGACGGAAUGGGCUGCUCUCGGAAAAGCAGUACAAGCGCUGUCUGAGGAUGUCAAUCAAAUGGUGUUGAAGCCUUCCCAAUUUAAGUUGUUCUUUGAAGUGCUUAAAAGAAAUAUAGACCAGUUAAGCGAACACUGGAAGGAACCAGAUGUUCACGAAGUAGGAGGGGCUAUUCCAUUCCAGGAACUUCAAAAGUUCAGAAAAAAAAUAGAGGAGGGUACAGAGGUCGUUGUCGAGUGCUCAAAUGCUGAUCUAACCACCAAAAAAAAGGACAACUGCAACAAGAAACUUUUGAAUUUGGUCAAAUCUGUUCAGGAGCUUGUGGUCCGUUUGAAGGGAACCCCGUUUGGUGGGAACCCCAUUUGAAUGGAACCGGUUCGAAAGAAACGCUUUACAGUCGUCCCUAGAUGUUAUCUUGUUUUUUGAAUAAAACAACUGUUGCUUGUAGAGGAAGAAAAACCAUUGUUGCUUGA